AUGAAGAAAUCUUGCAUUUUAUCACUGUUCCUCCUGGCCAUGCUCACUUCGACCGUUUCCGCCGUCUGCUCCUCCAAUUCCACUUUCAAUUUGACACUUUCCGAGGAGAAAAAAUCGUUCAAACGACGCGAAUUUCACAUUUUCUACGAACCACAACUGAGAGUACGGUAGAGCGCACUUUCUUUCGAAGCGACAAUACUCUUUUGCAGUCCUUCGCGGAAAUGGUCAAGUGUCAAGUGUCCGCAACCGUGAACAGUGUCAGUUUGGACGAGAUUCAGCCCGGAAAAACGUUGGAGCACACUUGUGCGUUGGAAAUUUAUACGAAGAAAGUUGAGGAUCCACGUGUGCAGAGGAGUUUUAUGGCGACGAUUACGAAUCAGAAAAAAGUGGGGAUUUUGACAAACUGCUCUUUAUUCGAAGCUAUAUAUCUCGGCUGCCGGCAGAGGUAUCAAAAAGUGGUCAACUGAAAAAAUGUUCACAAUGUCAUAAUGGACAAUUUGUCAGUUGAAAACUUUUUGAUACCUCCACAGGCAGCUGAGAUAUAUAGCUUGGAAUAAACGUCUUUUAUUCAGUUCCUCGACUCCACAGCUUGUGAUGCUCAUAAUCAACUAAACUUCAUGAAAACGCCGAAAAAUGAGUGGGCGGUUCAGAUUCGGGGACUCGUCACUGAUAUUCUUCUUCCGAUGAAUUCUUCACAAGGUCAGUGCUCUAUUGUUGGCAGUUCUUCACAGUUUUUCUUCAGGAAACUUCACCGCCGAAUCGCUGAACUUUGCCCUCGACGCGCUCUUCUUCGCCUCUUCCUACGGCUUCGGCGACGCCACUUUCAAGUCACUCGGCGACGGAAACUUCAAAAAGGUUCCCGCUGACCUAAUGAUCCUAAAACGUUGAUCCGAAUGCAUUCAGAAGCUGCUCAUCGCCACCGCCGUCGUCUACAUGCUCGUACUUCUUUCCGCCGUCGCCGUAAUCGUCGUUCUGCUCGUUCUGAUGCUCUUGAAGCGGAGGGCGAACAUUAAGAAGCGCGAGAGCGACCGGAGUAAUCUGCUGCGGAAUCCGGCCAAUAAUAAUUGUGACGACGGUCUGGUUGAUGUAGUUUACGAUGAUUCUGCCGACAAUAAAUCUUGA